UGACCAUGUUGACCAUGUUGACCAUGUUGUAAAGCAUGAGCUGACAUUGAGAGAGGCUGGCCAGAGAGUUCAGCCCAACCUCAGCAGAUAUACUGCUGCUUCAGUAAUUCGGACAUUUCGACCAGAGCACAGGUAUAAAAACAACUUUUCUCUGCUGUCUACAAUACAAUAUAGCCUACUACACGACCUCCAUCAGUACUAUUUGGUACCAUUCACUGUGUUCCAUGUUUGAGACAAGGUCUUGUGUGCUGUCUUGUGACAUUUACUGUAACAUGUAUUUUGAUUGAUCUACAUAGGAUUGAGGGUCGAGAACAUAGAGGAGGAAGGAGCCCCAUAUUCACAGAGGAACAAGAGAGAGCUAUUAUAAACAUAUAUAAACAUAUAAACAUUUGGCCAAUAAUGUCACAUGUCUUAGAGAAAUGCAGACAAACAUCCUGAAUGACCACACAGUUUUCAAUAAUGUCCAUCAGGUCUCUCUCACAACACUGGGGCGAAUCCUUAAAAAGCAUCACAUCCAGAUGAAACAACUGUACCAAGUGCCAUUGGAAAGAAAUUCUGAAAGAGUAAAAGACCUACAGCAUGAAUAUGUGGAGAGAGUUCUGCUAAUUGAUGGUGAUCCAAUCUCACAUGAAUUUAUUGUCAUAGAUGAGGCUGGGUUCAACCUGACUAAAGUAAGAAGAAGAUGGAGAAACAUCAUUGGCCAUAGAGCUAUUUUGAAUGUCCCGGGCCAACGUGGAGGCAACAUCACAGUGUGCUGCAAUCACACAGAAUGGGAUCCUACACCGCCAUGCCGAGUUUGGUCCUUACAACACGGCCCACAUUAUCACAUUUUUAGACAGACUUCACAACAUUGUCACAGCAGAACAACAAAUGGAUGCCAAGCAGAUGAGAUACACUGUCAUCUGGGACAUGUAUCUUUCCACCGAUCUGCUCUUGUCCAAAACUGGUUUCAUGAUCAUCCACAAUUUUCACUCCAAUACCUCCCACCAUACUCUCCCUUCCUCAACCCCAUUGAAGAGUUUUUUUCGGCAUGGUGGUGGAAGGUUUACGAUCUCCAGCCCUAUGUCAGGAUUCCCCUCAUUCCAGCCAUGGAGGAGGCCUGUGGCCUAAUUGAUGCAGGGUCUGUGCAAGGAUGGAUUCGCCAUUCAAGAAGAUUCUUCCCUCGCUGUCUUGUGAGAGAGGACAUCGCCUGUGAUGUGGAUGAAGUGCUGUGGUCAGAUCCAGCUAGGCCAAGAGAUGCUUAGGUUGUUUUUUCUUUUCUUUCUUUUCUUUCUUUUUUUAAACUUUAUACUUAUGCUUUUGUCUCCAUGUUUUUGUUUGUGUACUAUAUUGUAUUUUGAAUAUGUUCUGAUUUGAAAUGCAGCCUUUGGAAAAGCACGACUGUAUUGAAUGGCUGUACAAUGUGGUGAGAGAAAGAUUUUCGUCAAUGUACAGUACUGGUGUCAUGGUUUUUUUUUCAAUAUUCAUGUAUUUUACAUUAACAUAAAAGUUACAAGUGUUUAUG